AUGCAGUGCGAUCAGGAGCAGCCCUGCAGUAACUGCCUCCGUCGAUUCCCCGUACCGAUAUGCGAAUAUCGGGCAGGAAACCGGAUACCAGGCACAUCGACAUUCUUGGCACCAGCACGAGCAAGAGGCCGGGUUCCCAUCCAUCUCCCUCUCCCAGGAGCAGACUCUCCCCUUGUACAAGUAUCUCAGUCUCCAAGGACGGCCGGGCACUCGCCCAUCAGCGUCGCCGGCUGGGUUGCAUCUGAGAACACGACAUCAAACUCGAGUCCCAAGACAGAUUGUUUGACAGAUCCGGCUGCCAGCGACGCGCCGUGGCCUCAGUCGGAUUCCCUCGACGAAAGCAAGAGAGCAGCGGCGGCAGUAACGGCACCAGCACCAUGGCUUCCGCUAGCCGACCCGCAACGCAGCAUACUGGAUUCGGAUGUAUCCCAGGCGUCGCAGCAGAUGCUCGCAUACCGUCUCGCGGUGCCAGGCCUUGUCCUUAACCUCGCUGACAAAGACGGCGUCGGCGAACUCGAUGGUGAUGGCGACGACAACGAACAAAACAAUCACGACAACAAAAUAUUCGUCGCCGGUGAAUCGAUACCCCGAGGCUGGCAUCAUGCAGAAAAGCCCCGAGUUCAACGUCCAGAAAGGCCCAUCAGCGCGGUGGACGCUGAGAUUGUGCAUCUCCCAGUAGCCCAGACGGUAUUGAACAAGAAACUUCUUCGAAUAUACGUCACAGUCCUCUCCCGCUUCAAGGCUUCCGUCAAUGGUGACCCGGACCCCAACAAUCCCUUCAUGCGCCAUUAUUCGCCCUUCUGCCUCCAAGACCCUCUCGUCGUCCAAAUCAUCUUUUACACCUCGGGUUGCUUCCUUCACGAGACGGGUCACGUCCGGACCACGGUCCUCCGGACUCUCAAAGGUCGUGCCAUCCACAUGCUCAACGAGAGCCUAAUGUCUCAUGGUGCCGACGGUAGGCGACAUUCAAACGGUCAAGACACCGCCGAGACCGCUCUCACCACGAUGACUACCGGCAGCAGCGGGAGAUCUGAACACCCCAGCGACGCCGCCAUCGCAGGCGUCAUCCAGCUCACCGUUACCGAGUGGUACUGGGGCGAGACGGAGGACGACCUACGGUACCAUCUCAAGGGCUUGCGAGGCAUGAUUCGGUUACGUGGCGGCUUCAACCAGCUCGGUAUGAACGGCCUAUUGGCGAAGAACGCAAUCGUUCACGAUGUCUCCAUAUCUCUGGCUCACGAAAAUGUUCCACUGCUACUGACUCCGCCGCCCUCAGACGCACUGGCAACGACGGCGGACCCAUGGGGUCCUACGGGAUAUACUUUCGAUGACCCUAUAAAACACGUGCCCCUUCGGAUGGCACACAUGUCGCCUUUCGUCAGCCACCUGCCCUCGUCCGUUGGCGUGCUCCCGUCCUUCGCCAACUGCGCUGCGAGCCUUGGCAUGCACUCGGCGACGGCCUCGAUCCUCGACAAUGUGAGGUACCUUGUUGGCGCCGUGGAGGCGAUUUACACUGCGGCGAACGAAACGAAUACAACUAAUACGAUCAUGACGGAAACGACGACGAAGGCGAUGCAGGCUUCCAGAAAGGCCCAACUCACGGGGAGGUACAUGCACGAGCACAUUUCUGGCCUCCACUCGACGAUCCCAGGGUUUAGACAAUUUUUGUCGCCGGAAGAGAUACCUAUCAGGGCGAGACCACCGCCGAAUAGUAGCAUCCACACCACUGUCGAAGAGGCAUCCGAGGAAAGUGGGAACAUCUUCAGCACAAGCACAGUGGGACGCGGCUCUGUUGGCGCGGGCCGGUCGCCAUCGGGACCAUCGUCGGAUUCCGAAUGGCUACAGAGGCGAGAUGUUGGCGAUUCUCCGGCGAGCCCUAGAUCGACGCAAUACGGCCAUCACCGACAGCAUCCGCAACAGAGCCCGGACUUCAUGUACCAGGUCGUCCGCAUGACGGCCAUCGUCUACACGCGGGCCAUCGCGACCGGUACACCCUUGAGCGGCGCAUGCACGGAAUCGGAAUUCCUGCAGAUCUGGACGACGACGUGGCGGGUGCCCCUUUCGACGUGGAACAGCGCUGUGGGCGUCUUCCAUUGGAUCAUGAUGGCCAUCGCGCCGGCGUGCCACCGUACGCCGCACGCGCGCUUCGUCAAGAAUAUGACGACCAUCAGUACGCUGACACUCGGCGUAGAGAACUGGGCCAUGGCCAUGAGUGCUGCUAGGGCCGCCCUGAGAUUGCAGCACUGGCUCGGAGGCCAGCAAGACACCAAAGGAGCGGGCAAGAGGGAUGGGGCUGGGGCGGAGGUAGCCGCUUCUGCAUCGACAACUGCAAGAGGAGCAGCAGGAUCAGCGGCGGGCGGGCAAUGCUCCCGCCUCGAAGAGCGGUGA